AUGGCGUUGGAGAGGGAAGUCAUUCUGUUCUCUGCCUUUCAAGAAAUGGUCAUACAAGACACAUCAGUCGAUUCCCUGCUAGACGAUUUGUUCAUGCAAGAUCACAUUACAGAAGCAUCAGAAAGGCCCUCCACCUCUGCUGAUGCAGGGCAAUCAUCAUCGUCGAUUCCACCACCGGGUGAUGAAUUCUACUGCCCGAUUUGCAUGGAAAGCUUGCCCAGCAGUCGCAAGUUCGUCAUCAGCUCAUGUGGCCACGCCUUCUGCGUCACCUGCAUCGGCCAGUAUAUCGCUGACAAGAUCGGUGAGAACGUUGUCCACGUCAAAUGCCCCGAUCCCAGCUGCGGAGACGGCACGAUCGAGCUGGCGGACUGCAGCGGCGUCAUCCCCUCGGAGCUGUUUAGCAGGUGGGAUGUUGCGCUAUGCGAGCUGACGCUCGGCGAGCAGAGGCUCUACUGCCCGUUCAGAGACUGCUCCGCAGGGCUUGUAGCUGAGGACGGCAAUGGCAACGGUGCCAUCGUGGAAGCCGAGUGCCCGCACUGCCACCGGCUGUUCUGCCCCCGGUGCAUGGUGCGUGGCAGGACGGCAUCGGCUGCGAGGAGUUUCAGGGGCUCGGGGAAGACGAGCGGGGCCGGGAGGACGUGA